AAAGGUGGCGCGACCCCUCACGUGACUCCAAGGCCCACCACGUGACAACGGCGCCAUUUCGCGUCCCAUGACCGGCCGGAUGGAGGCCAGGAGGAGGAGCCACUCUCUCUGUUGAUGGCGUUCGGCGCCGGAGCCGGCCGGGAAGGGAUCCAUGUUGUCCGCUGCAACACCAGCAGCAGCACCGCCUGGGCCUCACGGCAGGGUUCCCCCCCGAAGAAUGAACGCACAGCUUGCAGCUUGGAAGGUUUGUGAGUUUGGAGACAUUCUUGUCCAGGAGCUACACAUUUUUCUUCCAGACCCUCAAAAGACUUCUUUAUAACCCACCCACCCACUUUUCAGUUUCAGAUGACAUUCUGGAAAGUUUAGACUCAGAUGCGAAUUGGAACAGAAAUCCCAGCUUUAAUAGCUUUGAAACCUGGGAACAUUGCUCAGACUCAAUACACUGGAAGGAGUUUGCUCACCCCCAGCUGCAAGUGAUGACAAGGGCAUGCUUUCUGGUUGUUGGGGGCGUCAAGUCCAACAGCCUUUGCAGCCAUGCCAUCAAGUGAUGCUUCCUGACCAACUGUGUGCCUUGAAGGGGAUGAAGAAACACUAAUAAGCCACAAGCUGGUCUUAUGAGAGAGAGCUGAUAAGAGCUGAGUUUGCAACUCCAAGAUGGAGACACAGAAGUUGCUGACCUCAGUGAAUAGUUAUGGGUCCCAAGAUGGAGAUACAAGGCCAAGCUUAAGGCCUCCUUCUUUUCAACCAGAAGAAGAGGAACUCCGCAGGCGCCUCAAGUAUUUCUUCAUGAGCCCCUGUGACAAGUUUCGUGCCAAAGGUCGGAAGCCAUUCAAGUUAGUACUGCAGCUGAUCAAGAUCAUAAUAGUCACCAUCCAGCUCAUACUCUUUGGCCUCAGUAACCAAAUGGUGGUGACCUUCAAAGAGGAGAACACUAUUACAUUCCAUCACCUCUUCCUAAAGGACUAUGCAGAUGGAUCAGAGGAUACCCACGCAGUCUAUACACAGUCAGAUGUCUAUAACCACAUGUUCUAUGCCGUAGAUAAGUAUUUGGCCAUUCAGAAUGAGACAGUUGGUCGCUAUGCCUAUGUACGUGCCCAUGGCGUUAACCAGUCAGCCCUCAUGCUCUGCCAGCACUAUUACCGUAAAGGGAGUAUUGAUCCUGCCAAUGACACCUUCAACAUUGACCCUGAGGUUAUCACAGAGUGCCUGGGUGUGGAUCCCCCAGGGAAGAUACCUUCUUCGUUGGACCUUGAAGAGUCCCUUCCAGAUUUUGUGGAGCCAGACCGAAGCUACAGAAAUUUUACUCUCAAGUUCUACAAGCUCAUUAAUGUCACCAUCCGGUUCAAGCUGAAAGCCAUCAACAUACAAACAAUAAUCAACAAUGAGAUUCCAGACUGCUACACCUUUUCUAUCACAAUCACAUUAGACAACAAAGCACACAGUGGACGUGUGAAGAUCCACUUGGACAACAAAGUGAGCAUCCAGGAGUGCAAAGACCCCAGUGUCUAUGGCAAAGGAGAUAAUGGUUUCCGGAUGUUCUUUGAUGUAAUCGUGCUCCUGAUCUGUGUGCUGUCCUUCGUCUUGUGUUCCCGCUCAAUCGUCAGGGGGCUUCUGCUGCAGCAUGAAUUCACCCAGUUCUUCCAACGCUGCUACAACCAAGACAUCUGCCUGUCUGACCGCAUGGAAUUUGUGAAUGGCUGGUACAUCCUGCUUGUGGUGAGCGACAUCAUGACUGUAUCUGGGACCAUAAUGAAGAUUGGGAUUGAGUCCAAGAACUUUGCCAAUUAUGAUGUGUGUGGCAUCCUUCUGGGCACCUCUACACUCUUGGUCUGGGUUGGUGUCAUGCGCUAUCUCAGCUUCUUCCAGAAGUAUAAUAUCCUUAUUGUCACCAUGCGGGUUGCUCUCCCCAACGUCAUCCGUUUCUGUUGCUGUGUGGCAGUCAUCUACCUGGGCUACUGUUUCUGUGGCUGGAUCGUGCUUGGACCCUACCAUGUCAAGUUCCGUACCCUCUCAAUGGUUUCAGAGUGCCUUUUCUCUCUUAUCAAUGGAGAUGACAUGUUUGUGACCUUUGCAUCCAUGGAACAGAGCAACUACUUGGUCUGGCUUUUCAGCCAGCUCUACCUGUACACCUUCAUCAGCCUUUUCAUCUACAUGGUGCUCAGCCUUUUCAUUGCACUCAUCACUGGCUCUUAUGAGACCAUAAAGCAUCAAUCUGAGGGAGAAACAACUGUCACACAGCUCCAUGCCUAUAUAGCCGAGUGCAAGGACAGCCCUAAAUCUGGGAAGUUUCGCAGGGAGAGUACUUCUUCAUGCUCUAUCUUCUGCUGCUGUGAGCGAACCCCAUUACAGGAGAAUGUGCUGGUGGUGAACUGAAAAAGAACUGGUGUUCCUCAUUCAUUGUUGGCUGCCUGAGAUACAAACUGGCCUGGUUGUAGACUCUUGUGACUGAUGAGAAAGUGGCAACAGCCAAGCCAAGCAAUUGCCUCCUGUGUGCCAGUUCCACACAGAGUUCCUCAGAUGCUAGCACAGAUGCAUCUGAACAGAAUGUGUGAGCAAGGAGUGGAGUUUCAAGUAUGAUUAGCCUUUAGUUGGGCCUGUAUUAGACCCUGCUGAAGUCACUGCCAUAUGUACCACCUUUCUCGGGUCAUGAAGGACUAGGAGAUUUACCAAACAGUUACAGUAAGGGAGUGCAGUUUUAAAAGGUGUAUGUUGAAAGAAAAAAAGGCCAGUGACAAGGAUGUGGCAAGAUUAGAUCAAGGCAACCAAAAUGUUUCUUUUGAGGGCCUUCAAGACUUUCCUUCUGCCUAUAGAUUACCACUUCAGAUAAUGCAUUUGCCACAUAAAUAUUGACAUGGGGCUAUUCCUGCAAACCAAGGCCCCAAAACAAGAUUUUUUUUUCCUAGAACAGUUUCACAUAUGACUAGAACCUGGGAGGUUCGGGAUUCUAUCGAAUGAAAUUUAACCAAGUCCCUAGUGAAUAGGGAUGAAAGGGGAGAUGCUUUUAAAAGACUGGAUUGAAGGUGAAGGUUUUUUCUGCCUCAUCCUGUACAAGAUUCACUCCAGAGCUCAAGUAGAUUACCCUUCCUUUUCUGUACUACUCAUUUGUGAGGAGGCCUUGUUUAUAUAUCUUAGUUUGGAAGGAAUCCUGUUCUAGAUCAGGCAGCAGUUCCAGUGUAGAGAAAGUAUAACAUGCCACACUCUACAGGUGUCCUGGUAGCUGCCUUGAUCCUCUGGUAAUGACAACUGAACCUAUUAAUCAUGCACUGGUAAAUCAGUUUCUCUUCCUAGCGUUGCCUCCAAAAUGUUGCAGAUGAAAAUUGAGGCAGGCUUAUUGUUCAAGCACAUAGUAAAGAGAACAUGUUACUUUAAAUAGCAGGCGAGUCCCAUGUAAGCUACGUGUCAUUUGAUCACCCAGCUUUAAACACAGUACUUUGCAGGAAGGCACACGGGACUAUGGCAGAAGUGAAAUGCACUAGAUUGAUACCAAUACCAUGUGCCAACAUUUUGGAUGAGAAGCUGACCCUGCUCCCUGUGCCUGCUGGAAUGUGAAAGGUUGCCAGCUGUGAUGCAGAGGGGGUUUCACAUCACCCACCAGAUCCUCCAGAAUUCACUGGUUCCUCAGCUGAGCUGCCCCACUGCUUUUAAAUCCAAGCACUGGUGUUAUCCUGAAACAGUUGCUUUAAAGCUGCAGAUUCCAAAGCAAUACCAUUUCCACAGCAUUCUCUAUAUGGCAUUUACAGUUGUGUGCAAGAAACAUCCAGUUGUGUACAAGAGAAAGCUCCAUCGCAGAGAACGAGAAGCACCUUGUGACUAAAAUGCAGAACUGACUAUGACUAUGCUUACCUUCCUGGAAACUGGAACAGGGAACUAUUCCUUUCCAUUAGCUAUCCAUGAAUUGUGGAAAAAAAUCAUUUGCUGACUACUCAUGUAUUGUUGAAUAGUGGCCAAUAGUUUUAAAACAUUUAUUUUGUAGAUCUGUAACAAAGAUGGAGACCAUACUCAUUUGGGAUUUCAUUGUUAGUAUAAUUUAUGAAAUGAUGAAGUGCAAUUCUGAACUAUAAAGUCAACUGUUUAUAGCUAACAAUGUUGUUCAAAUAUUAAGUAUGUGAGAAAUACUGAAGAGUUAAGCAGUUCCUUUUCACUUUUAUCCUGGAGCCUCAAGAUUGGUUCAAAUACCAGACAUACAUAGCAACUGUAAACAACUAUUUGUUUUAAAAUAUGGUCCUUGAUCCUUAUGGUUGUAAUGGUUUUCUACGGUUGUAAACCGCUUUGAUCUGUGGAAAAGUGGUAUACAAAUAAAAUUUAUUAUUAUUAUUAUUAAAGCUGGGAUGCAGAGUCCUCAGCCUUGCCUUUAAUUAUUGCAUCUUCUGCAAUAAAAAGGAAGGCCAUCACUGGUA